GAGCCGUUGAAUAUCAUCCGGUUUUAGAUACGGGAGACGACGGCCUGCCGCUUCAUUCAGAAAUAGACCAUGAAUAGCCUUGCACAUACCUUCAGCUCUGCCUUGGCGGACGUAUCAGCCAGGGAUAUAGAACGAGGGCCAUGGUUCAACACGUCAAGUGAUUCAAUAGACUCACUGAAUCUUGCAUAGACAGUUGUGUUACUAUUUCCAGCACCGCCUUGAAUCUACAUCCACAAGAAUCUUUUUGUGGUCGUUUUCAAAAUUAAAGUGAAAGAUGAGAUAGGCAGGAAGGAUAUUCUAGGCACAAGUCUCAGCACCUGGCCUUCGCUCGAUGCUGCUCUGUGCAGGAUACGUCCUUGGGACAUACUUGAAAUUUUAUGGCCAUCAAACAAGUCUGCUUGAACUCUUAUCACGUCAUUUUACAUCUCCAUGCACAUCAACACAAGGCUUAGGUCAUUAGCCAAGAUGAGGACCCGGGAAAUGCUGUUAUGCUAUAUCGCACAGGGCCUGCGUGACAUAAAUAACUCGCGUGGCAAGUCGCGAUCUAUAUAAAACAACCGUUCAUCCCCUGUAAUCGGUGAAAAGCAAGACGUUCCUCUAAGCAGGCAAUACUGAAUCCACAAUAUCUUCAAUGACCACAUCGUAUACAGCUGCUUUUCCUUUCGAUCGAGGACCUCGUCACCCUAUUAGGCCGGUGCACCAUUCAUAUGACCCAGUACACACAACAUCAGACUCCCCAAAUCACGAUCUCUUUGACUUUCUUGCCAAAGCCGCCAAGGAUGACCCAGCACUACACAGGUCCUCUUUUUGCCUUAACCCCGAAGACUUGGGCGUAUCAUGGCAAACAUUCUUUCCCGCUUGUCGGCAAAGUCGACAGUGGCGAGAGGCAGAGGACGCUGCACAAGAGCUGACAGAUAGGCUAUUUCGUGCGAAAGGCUUGUCCAAGAGUAGCCUUUGCAAGCACUGGAGAGACUUGGCAGAGAUUCUCCAAGUAGUUGAGACAGCUGUUGGAUGUACCGUGUACAUGUAUCCGAGAGCUGGUUUGGUCAGAAUCCGGCUCUUAGCUCAGCUACAUGUCGUAAUGUGGAUUCACGAUGAUGUACCGGGUAUUGCUAAAUGCCACCAAGAAGAGCUCCAGCAAGGCCGAAGGUCUCCUGCGACACCUACUCGAACGAGGUGCCAUGAAGGUACAAGUCCCAUAUGCCGCCUAGUUUCCAGUGUUCUGCAGGAUAUCCUUCGAGCGGACCCUAUUAUUGGAUUUGAAGUCGCAGCGGGGGUUUUAAAGUGGCAUCAAAGGCCCCGAGCCCACUGCUCUCGGGACCAGGGCAAUUACCGACCCACGACCCUAUCAGAUUACCUUGAAGCGAGUGUUGGAGAUGUUACUACGGACAUCAAUCUUUCCAUGAUCCGCUUCGCGGGAUCAAUCCACCUCACCUCUAGGCAAAGCCAAGAUCCUAUACUGAACAAUAUAGUGAAUAUCUGGGCAAAACACAGAAUCAUCGUCAAGGAUCUCUUUUCAUAUGAGAAAGACUGUCUCGAGCAUCAGGUUAACGACUCCGCAAUCGUCAACGCCGUACAGGUCUUACAAAGAGAGUUCAACGUAUCUCCCACAACGGCGAAAGAAGUUGCGCGUAACAUCCAGCUGGAUACGGAACGAGAAAUGCACGCACUUUACAAAGAGAUCCUGGGUAGGACAGGCAAUGACAGCCCAGAGGCCCGAUAUGUUCGGGCGCUUGUCGAAAGUCUAGCCGGAAAUGUGUUUUAUUCCUCCACUGCGGAAAGAAAUGCUAUGCCUUUACUAGGUAGGUCUGCUGAGGAGAAUGAGUCCUGAUGCACUGUUGUCUACAGAAAGUUCAUGGUGGAGUAUGGAAGAGCUAGCUUCGGUAGAAAUGACAGUACAUCUGUAUUGCUGCGGGUCUGUUGAAACCUCGCAGAUCUGAGUCCGUGAUGUACUUUUGAAUACCACGAUACAUAAACAGUAGCUUAUUGAGAAUUGCCGUGUCGACUAUUCGAUCUCGUACAUUGCCUGGGAGAAGCGCCGAUACUGAAUCAAAUGUCUUGGAAUUAGACGGGCCACUGCCGCAAACGGCUGUAUGUAUGCCUGGACAAUAAGGUAUCUGUGCUGCAUACUCGUAUUUUGCCUGGAACACCAGGCAUCAAAUCUCGAAUCCCGUGCUUUGCCUCAAUAAUUUAUG